AUGGGCACUAUCCAGCUGAUGAAUUCCGAGGCCCAGGCAAACAAUAAGAAGGCGGGCCGUGCAGCCAUGCAAUUUGCCAAAGCGCACUCCUUGAUACCCGACGGGCAAUGCGGCUCACGCAAACGUCAUCAAGCAAUUGACCUGGCCUUGUCUAAACAAUUAGUGUGGGAUCUACUGAUGCUUCAACGCCGCGCAGCGGGGUGGAUCUCGAAUGAUGCCAAGUCCUGCUUUGACCGUGUGGUCCACUGGGUGGCCAUUGUCACAAUGUUGCGGUUUGGCUUGAUAUGGCAUGUAGGAAUGCUCCGCGGCACCGGAAUUCGACCUUAUGAUUCCGAAUGUACUCUGGGGGUGAUGUUGUCACCACUGGAAAAUCACAACGCACAGGAGGCACAGUUGGUCUCUAAAGCUAAAGAGUGGGCCAAACAGCUUUGGCCUCACCUGCUACACAAGUACAACGUGUUACCCUUAUUCCGGACCACAAUCCUGAAGAAGCAUGAAUAUCCUAUGGCACUCACUACCCUCAACGCUCAACAAUGGCAGGACAAUAUGUCACCGGUUCUCCAGGUGUGCUUACCUAAUAAUAAUAACUGA